AUGAGCAUCUCUGAUGCAAAGAAUGGCUCGUGGAUCAGCCUUUUCCGGCUAGAGGUGGCCCGGGCGUUAGCAGCACAGCUCGCGAUCGCAUUUCAAUUCAUCCUCUCACAAGACUUCGUCCAUGGAGACCUACAUCGUGGAAACGUCCUUCUUCGACUAUCACGCGAAUUCGAUCAGUUAUCGACGGAAAAGUUAUAUGAGCGGUAUGGGGAACCUAUAUAUGAGCGGGUUAAUCGCUUGGACGGCCAGGAGCUACCUUCGGGAGUCCCAAGGGACGGUGUGUUACCUGUCUGGCUUGGGGAGGCAAGCGAAAUAGUUACGCUUCAAGAAGCUAGAAUUCUCGUUUCGGACUUUGGUGAAGCAUUCUCUCCGGUGCAAGAACAAAAGUUCGAGUCGCAUACGCCUCUUCUGAUCCGCCCUCCAGAAUCUCGAUUUGAACCAACUAAACCUCUGACCUUCUCCUCUGAUAUUUGGACACUUGCCUGUACCAUUUGGGAUAUUAUUGCGCAAAGAUCUCUAUUCGAAGGUUUCCUUACCAACGAAGACGGUAUGACUUGCCAGCAGAUUGAGGCACUUGGCAGGUUGCCCCCCGAAUGGCGUGAAAAAUGGGAUGCAUGUCGCGACAACACGAAGCAUGGAGAAUUCAAAAACCGGUCCACAUCUCCAAGUCAGUGGUGGCACGAUCACUUUGAGACCAGUGUACAACGACCCCGUAUAGAGACGGGCAUGGCCGCUAUUGAUUCAUGUGAACGUGAUGCUAUUUUCUCGAUGUUACGCUCAAUGCUUUCUUUCAGGCCAGAAGAUCGUCCUUCUGCUCAGCAGGUUCUUGAGUCCGAGUGGAUGAUAAAAUGGGCUUCGCCUGAGUAUGAGAGGAUUAAAGUUGCUCAUAAGUAA